ACAGGUAGACAGGCCUGAAUUACACGAUUAUAUUGAACCUCUGGACAUUCCGGGAGUUGAGUUGGAAGAGGCUGAGCGAGCCAAUUCUUCAAAGAAGGGAAGAUGUUGAAGUUGAAAAGACGAAGCGGGGUUGGUGGUCUGUCGUUGAUGACAAUUUAUGUAUUAUUCAUUCACUGAAAAUGGAG